AUGUCCUCGACUCCGAACCGCUCCAGCGGUCUAGAGCUCGAUAACUUCCCAAAUUCUCUACCAUCUAUCGCAGUGGUUGCGCCAGGAGACGCGGUCGAUGCCGGUUUACGAAGUCUAGAUCAUUACAAGCGCAGGCUUCCACCAUGGCGGUACAACUUGCGAAAGAGCAUACUGCCCUACAUCCGCUGGGAGACGCCGUACCUGGCGUGGAUGCAAGAUAAGAUGCGGUCCCCAGCCCUCGACACGUACUUUGCUAUUACCGCAAACCUGGGCACGCAUACAUGUUUUAUGGUGUUCCUCCCUAUCCUAUUCUGGUGUGGACAUACGAUGGUUCAUAUUCUUGCAUCUGGGGUGUUCUUCACCGGAUUCCUCAAAGACAUGCUCUCGCUACCACGUCCAUUGUCCCCGCCUCUUCACCGGAUCACCAUGUCUGGAUCUGCUGCGUUGGAGUACGGCUUCCCAUCUACUCAUUCCGCAAAUGCUGUUUCUGUGGCUGUCUACUGCCUCUUCACCAUAUACUCGCCCGACAGUCAGCUAAGCCCUUCGACGAAGGUCAUAGUGGAGGUACUCAGCUAUACCUAUGCGAUCUCGAUUGUCUUGGGCCGGCUAUACUGUGGCAUGCAUGGGUUUAUCGAUGUGAUCGUGGGUAGUAUCAUGGGAGCUGGAAUUUCCGCCGUGGAGUGUCUAUACGGUGCCAGAAUCGACAAAUUUCUGCAUAGUAGCUCCUGGGUAGCACCAGCAAUAGUCGCUCUUGCAAUCAUCUGCCUCAUCCGAAUCCAUCCCGAGCCAGCUGACGACUGUCCAUGCUUCGACGAUAGCGUCUCUUUUGCGGGUGUCAUGGUAGGGAUUGAAUACGGCGGGUGGCACUACGCAACCGGAGACUGGGCAUGGAAUGUUCCGGUCCCAGCAACGGUGCCAUUCAGCCUUGAACAUAUGGGAUGGUUUACCGUGGUCGUCCGACUGUUGGUCGGGAUCCUGGUCAUUUUCGCAUGGAAGGAAUUGAUGAAACCUACACUCCUCAAGUUUCUCCCCUAUCUCUUCCGCAUCAUUGAGAAGUACGGAUUCAUCCUUCCUCGCAAGUUCUUUAUGCCUGCAUCCGAAUACGGCAAGAUCCCCUCUCGCCUGAAGGUCGACAAUGUCAUGCCGUCCGUAUCCGAUCUUUCUGGUCUUCUCACCUCGAUUCGUCAUCCCGGACGAGGCCGUGCUGUCUCUGUUGGUCCCCAAUCGGCUGCCGAUGCCUACGAGACUUUGGCGUACCGCGAAAAGAGACGGAGAGACAGCUUAACCCAUACCAGCGAGGCCGCGUCGGCAACCCAAACGCCCCGCUCUCCUCCUCCGCAGACGAACCUCACAAAUGACUAUUUUGGACGAGCUGCUCAUGUUGAUCGGGACGGCGCCGUCUCUCACGUCUCUGGGAAUGCAUCUUCACUUGGUAUCAAUUCUCCGGGCAAUUUGCCGACGCCCGCUCAGUCCCGAGUCGGCUCAUACGAGCAGAUGAUGGGACAAGGCCAAGUCUUGCUCACCCCCGCAACGCCACCUGUAGCAGAGGAGAAGCCAGAUGACGAUGAUGCCAACAUCUCUGUUGGGCCGCAUACCGAGCUGGAAGAGAAGGAGAUGUUUUCACGACUCGAAAUGCCUCGUGUGAGGUACGACGUUGAGGUUGUUACGAAAUUGGUGGUUUACGCGGGCAUUGGAUGGUUGGCCGUCGAAGCCAACCCUAUUAUUUUCGAGAUUAUCGGGCUGGGAAUGGGCGACAUCCGGCUCAGGCCUAGUUCACUAUUCUUUGUUGCAUACACCCCGGCGUUGGGUUUUCACGAGCUGCACGGCAUUCUGGAUAUGACUGCAUGGCGUUCUGGUCCGAGGGGUCAUGACGGUGUCUAUAUUUAG